GCGACCCCGCGCGGCGGGCGGGCUGGGGGGGGGAUGGCCGCCGCGGGCGGCGCCACGGGGCACGCCUGGUCGGAGCGGUGGCCGGCGGUGGGGUGGUCAGAGUCCUACGCCACCAUCGCUGCCUGCCCGGAGGAAUCGGUUCGGCUGCAGCAGCUCGGUGCCCCGAGCAUGCCAGAAGGGCGCCGCGUUCGCCGGUGCGUGGCCGCGCUCGCCGUGGGCGGGGUCGUCGCGGCGGUGCUUGCCAGGAGCGCAGGCGGAGGCCCCGGUGGUGGCACGGAAGCGUCCGAUGUCCGGCGAGUCGUGUCUGCCCAGGAGCCAGAGCGAGUGCUCGAAGCACCUCCACCAGGGCACCAGAAGCAAGCCAGAUUGGAUACCCGCGUACACCGCCAGCACCCAGACCAGCACCACCAGCACCAGAACGUCCACUACCACGACCAGCACCACAACGAUGCCAUUCAAGGAGCGGCCCGUGUCUGAUGGGCCUUCCAUGUACUGCUUCAUGGUCGCCCGAAUGACCGGGGAUGAGGGGGACCUCGUCAAGUGUCAGUUCAGGCGUGGUGCUGGAAUCUUUGGGUGCAACCACUUCUCCGUCUUCAGCGACACCAGGUUCCUGUUCACCUUGGGCCCUCCAGUGGUGCAGACGUACCAGCUCCCACUACCAGUGAGCACACCCAUGCACGUUGCUGGCGUGGAGACCGCCGGCUACCUCAACACGGAAUUGUUCGUCCGUGUGUGGGAGCGGCUUAUGGGCUUGCCACAGGUGUGGAGCCACGAUUGGAUCGUGAAGGUGGACCCUGAUACUGUCUUCUUCCCGUACCGGCUACAAAGAUCUCUGGUGCACUACGGGCAGGGUGUUGCUGCGUAUUUGCGCAACUGCCCGGGUGGCCCGCGCGGGCUGGAGAUGUUCGGGGCCAUGGAGGUGAUCUCGAGCCGUGGGCUGGACGCCUACCGCGCAGGGUGGACGCAGUGCGUGGAGAGACUGCAGUGGAACGAGCUCGGCGAGGAUCCAAUGCCUCCGAAGUGCCUCGACCUCCUGAACCCUCCCCCUCCCUGCGGUAUCUGCGCGAACCAACGCGGCGGUGUUCGCGGACGCGUACUGCAUGUCGCAGGCCGUCGACUGCCACGCGGAUCUGCCGGCCUUCCACCCCUUCAAGAAGGUGGAGUCCUACUUCCGGUGCUGGGAGCAGUCCGGCGGCACCACGCUCAGCCCCAAGCCCGGCGUCGCUCCCGCCGUGACCUGCGCAGCGCCGCCCUGGCCAGCAGGCGACGAGCCUCACGGGCCGCUGAAUGGUAUCCGGCCGCCGGCGCCGGACCAGCCCGCCCAGCCGCCCCUGCCACCUCCGCCGCCCCGGCUCCUGGCGCCGAGGCCGCAGCCAGUCGCCGCCGGGCCAGCGUAGG